AUGCACCGCAUGUUUGUUUCGGCUGUUAAUCAAUUAGGCAUUGACAAGGCUGUGCCGAAAAAGAUUCUUGAUUUGAUGAAUGUUGAAAAGCUUACAAGGGAGAAUGUGGCCAGCCAUCUUCAGAAAUAUAGACUCUAUCUGAAAAAAGUCAGUUGUGGGGAAAACCAACAAGCUAAUAUGUCAGCAGCCUUAGGAAGUUCUGCAGAUACAUCCUUUUUCAGAAUGAAUUCUCUCAAUGGAGUUGGAGGACAUUUGCCAACAAUGAAUGGCGGCUCUACGCAGUUUCACAAUAAUCCAUUCAGACCCUUUCAAUCAAGCGGCAUGAGUAACAACAGGCUGAACACACCUGCUAGUGUCAAUAUUCAAGGAUCUUUCUAA